GAGCUGCACACUUACCGGAAGUCGCUCUUUUCACGGUUUGCUACAGUCGGACCAACGCGCGAGAUGGCAUCUUUCAAAGAUACAGUAUGUGGAAAAACUCUGGAUUGUCCUGUCAAACAAAUCCAGAUCGAGGGAUUGGUGGUGUUGAAGAUCAUCAAGCAUUACCAGGAGGAAGGUCAGGGCAGUGAGGUGGUGCAGGGGGUUCUGCUUGGGCUUGUGGUUGAAGACAGGCUUGAGAUCACCAACUGCUUUCCUUUCCCUCAACACACUGAGGAUGAUGCUGACUUUGAUGAAGUUCAGUAUCAAAUGGAGAUGAUGAGAAGUCUGCGCCACGUCAACAUCGAUCACCUCCACGUGGGUUGGUACCAGUCAACCUUCUACGGUUCUUUCGUCAGUCGAGCCCUUUUGGACUCUCAGUUCAGCUACCAGCACGCCAUCGAGGAGUCUGUUGUGCUUGUUUAUGAUCCUUUAAAGACAUCGCAGGGAUCUCUGUGUCUGAAGGCCUACAGGUUAACCCCCAAGCUCAUGGAGAUCUGUAAGGAGAAGGACUUCUCAGCAGAUGGGUUGAAGAAGGCAAGCGUGGGGUACGAAAACAUGUUUGAAGAGGUGCCAAUCUUCAUCAAGAACUCUCAUCUCAUCAACGUUCUGCUAUGGGAGCUGGAGGGCAAUUCCACUGUCACAGACAACCACGAGCUCCUCAACCUUUCCAGCAGUUCUCACAUGCAGAAGAGCUUACAGAUGUUGAUGGACCGUGUGGAUGACAUGAAUCAGGACAUUGUCAAGUACAACAACUUCUACCGCGGUCUCACGAAGCAGCAGCAACAGAAACAUCAGUACGUUCAGAGACGUCAGCAGGAGAACGCUCAGAGACAGAGCCGUGGAGAAGCUCCACUUCCUGAAGAAGACCUCAGCAAGAUGUUUAAACUCCCUCAACAACCUCCACGGAUGGACACCCUGCUCAUCGCAAGUCAGAUCAACACGUACUGCCAGACCAUCAAGGAGUUCACGUCUCAGAACCUUGGCAAGCUUUUUAUGGCAGAAGCUCUACAGGAACCAAGCAGUUAGACCUGAGCCAACUAAAUAUAUUUCCAAGGAUUGGUCAAGACUCAUCUGUUUCCUUAAGCAUAUUUCCUAUUUUUUGUUGUGAUUAUGACAAAAGACAGAUUUUAAGCAAGUUUUGUUAACUUUUUUUACACUGCUAAACAUAAAACUUGGCUAUUUUCAACCCAGUAUUGGGUCGAAAAGGGAUGAACCAAGACCAUUGGGUUGUAAUUUACCCCAUAAAAGAUUGUGUUAAAUAUUAACACUUGCUGGGUUAAUUUAACCCAACGUCAGUGUUUGUACAUUUUUAACCCAACCCUGGGUUGAAUAUAACCCAGCAUUUUUGGAGUGUAUCUAAAUAGUAUAAAUUGAAAGUUGGGUCUACUUAAAAAAUGACUUCAAUUGAUACAUUUUCAACUUAAAUUUUUCCACUUUAUGUAAAAAGUUUGAAGUAAAAAAAAACUUUAAUUGGUAACACGUACAUAAACAGUUUUUUCAAAUUAAAUUUUUGAUUUAAAGUAAAAAAAUUAGUUAAUGCAAUUUUUUAUGUUACCCAUUCAAAGUAAUUUUUUUAUUAAUCCAACUUUCAAUUUUUACAGUGUAAAUGAAAGGUUAAUUAAACUUUUAAGGAUGUAGAUCAGAAGGGACCAAACAGUGAUCGUUUUAGUAAGGCUGUACUGUACAUGUGAAUUCUGUGCAAAAAGGAAUGUAAGAAAUUUGGGAAUAAAUUGGAUCUUUGACCCUG